AUGGCUCGAGUGCGGACGCAGCUGCGUUUCCGACGACUCCUGUGGGAGCGUCUCGGUCGACGAUCUCGGCUGCUCCACAGCCUCGGGGCGAUCGUCGGCUGCUUUCUAUGCCUAGUUCUGGUAUUGAAGCAGCAACCUCGACUGGAGGCACCGAGGAAGGGAAACGUGCUCGCUGGCCUGCUGCACCUCAAGGGGCCAACUCCAGCGCCGCAAAGUCAACCUACGCUGCCCUUCGUUCCGACGCGUUUCCUGACGUACGCUCCGCACUCGGGACUAGCAAACCAGUUUAUGGAGUUGGUGUCGGCGUUUGAUGUUGCUCGGGUGCUGAAUAGGACACUGGUGGUGCCACCUGUGCUGCCUCAUUUUGCCCUCAAAUUAGGGUCUUGCGAGCAAGUAGCGCCGGUUGCCAGCGCCGCCUUUCUUCGCAAGCAGAAUAGAAGGAUCUGGGAGGACCUGGAUCGCAAGGGAACCUACAUUGCAUUCGGGGAUAUUUUCGACUUGUCGGACCUGUUCGCGGGCCCGGCGUCUCCAUCGUGUCGCGUCGAUGGAGCGCAAACACUCGCUCGGGCAGUGGCAUGGGAACGUAGGCGGUGCAGCCUUGCGGGCGCAGUAGAAGCCAGAGACUGGAUGAAACAAGCGGAGCGCAGCACCUGGGCGUGGCCUUUCAGUUGCCACGAGGUACGCAUUGUCAUCGAUGUGCCGCACGGCCUGCUAACCUGUGCAGAUGCCGAGCAGGCCGGAGCCCCCGACUGGAUACCACCCAGUGCCUUUGCAGCGACAUGGCGAAUGAUGCUGCGGAGCCGCCAGCACGUAGAGGCCCCUGUACCCCAGAUUCAUGGCGUCUGUGAGAUGCUACAUAACGGUGUCGACGGCGAACGACGACUCCGUGACGAACCCGUCAUUGCCCUCGGUUCGGUGUUUCAUUUCGUGAAUUACGCUGGAACGCUUGCACCGUGGACCGGCGGAUGGCAGCUGCCGCUUGCUUCGCGUGCUUUCGGUGGACGCCUGGACUUUAUGUCACCGCGACUCGGGGGUCGCUACGGCUACCUGGCGGAGCAAAUCGCAGAAGCACUGCUGCGGCGUACGUUGCACUCGUGGAGGCAUCUAUCCCCGGCGUUUGUAUGUGUGCACCUCCGCGGUGGCGAUGGUGCUUUUCGCACGCGCCUCCGCGAGGCAUUCCAGAACGCAAAGAAGCAGCACGAUGUGGAAGCGGCUCUGGACGCGCUUGGACUGCGUGAAUCGUUGCGUACAAAUCGUCUACCGGUGAUGCUCGUCACAGAUAUGCCGCGCUCAGAGGCGAGGUCUAUUCAACGAGCGCUCGUAACAGCCAAGCUGGCCUCAAAAGUGAUCCUAUCUUCGGAGCUGUUCGAGAAGCAGGCGAUUCCGGCUACGUUACGAAAUUUGCCUUUCGACUUGGGAUCGACGCUCUUCGAUCUCGCGACCUGUUCAAGAGCGCAGAAACUGGUGCUCUCUCAAGGAAGCACGUUUUCAGCACUCAUCCAGGCGCUGCAGCGCACAAGAUACGGACGUGAGCGUAUCGAUCAAGACGAUACGCUGCAUCUUUGA